UGUUUGUUCAGUUUUAGUCGCCGCAGGCUCCGAGUUCUGCUGGUCAUCAUUUACACUUCCCCUCGAACCAGGACCAGAAACCGGACCAGGACCAGGACCAGGACCAGAACCAGGACCAUAAACCCGGACCAGAACCCCGACUCAUCAUGAACUUCGUCCUGGAGACGCUGCAGGUGCUGGUGCUGUCCGUCUGGUACAACCUGGAGUCCUUGGUGUUCGUGUUCGUGCCGCGGCGGAAGAAGAGCGUGAGCGGCGAGGUGGUGCUGAUCACCGGCGCCGGCAGCGGCAUCGGCCGCCUCAUGGCGCAGGAGUUCGCGGCGCUGGACGCCGUGCUGGUUCUGUGGGACAUCAACCAGGACGGAGUCAAGGAGACGGCGCGGCUGCUGAAGAGCAGCGGCGCCGCCAGGGUGCACUGGUACCUGUGUGACUGCAGCGACAAGAACGAGGUGUACCGGGUCGCUGACCAGGUCAAGAGAGAAGUGGGUGACGUCGACAUCCUGGUGAACAACGCCGGCAUCGUGACGGGCAGGAAGUUCAUCGACGCCCCCGACUCCCUGAUCGAGAAGACCAUGGAGGUCAACACCAUGGCCCACUUCUGGACCUACAAGGCCUUCCUCCCCGCCAUGAUGGCUAACAACCACGGCCACCUGGUUAGCAUCGCUAGCUCGGCCGGACUCAUCGGGGUCAGCGGACUGGCAGACUACUGUGCCAGUAAGUUUGCGGCGGUGGGCUUUGCUGAGUCGGUGGGUCUGGAGCUGGUGGGCCUGGGGAAGGACGGGGUGAAGACGACCAUCGUCUGCCCGUACUUCAUCAACACCGGCAUGUUCGACGGCUGCCAGACCAAGUGGCCGAGUCUGCUGCCCAUCCUGAAUCCAGACUACGUGGCUAAGAAGAUCAUCCACGCCGUCCUGACGGACGAGAUGUACCUGCUGAUGCCGCGCACCAUGUACCUGAUGAGCGCCAUGAAGAAUCUCCUCCCGAUAAAGCUCGGGGUUCUGGUCGGUCAUUACUUCGGAGCCUUCAACCUCAUGGACACGUUCAAGGGCCGGGCCGUGAAGCAGGACUGAGACGGAACCAGGACCAGAACCAGGACCAAGUCCAAGUCCAAGUCCAAGUCCAAGUCCACGUCCCCCCAUGUUUCAACCCUGUUUUAAUCUGACUUGUUUUUAAACUGUUUUCUAGUCCAGAACGUCGGUAAACCUCCAGAAUCCUGUCAGUUCUACCUCACACUGUAUCCCAGCAUGCAACGGGCCGGGGUCUGGGUCCGGGUCUGGGUCCGGGUCUGGGUUCAGGUCCAGGUCCAGGUCCGGGUCCUCCCAGACCACUGGAGUCUAAGGCCCCGUUUCCACAUAGCCUGGUAUUUACAAAAACGGAUAUUUCCCGCUCUACGUUUUGAAAAAUUCCAUCGUUUACACGAGAUCGUUUUCAAAAUCUCUUCGUUUACAGGAAUCCUCAUAAAUAUGCUGUUAACGUCAUGCCAGCCAAUCAGAAUCCUGGAAAAAACAUCAACAAAUGACACGAGUAACUUCCAGUUAAGCCUGAAUUAUGUUCCCGCGUUAAAUCGACGCAGAGCUACGGCGUAGGGUACGCGGCGACGCCACCGUACGGCAUCGCCGCGUACCCUACGCCGUAGCUCUGCGUCGAUGUAACGCGGGACCAGAAUUCAGGCUUUACUUCCAAGAUGAACCAGAGUCUUUGGUUUGGAGUGACAGAGAAGUGGAGUUACUUUUAAGUGUGACGUUAGAAUAUAAAACAGGUAAAAUACAAGAAAAUAUUGACGGUUACAAACUAAUUGUAAACACAGGUGUCACUCAUGACGCUGGUGACGUUUCUGUCUCAUAAUGUGACGUUCUGAAGAAUAAAUGUCCGUUUCUCUCCGUUUACAAGCAAACGUGAAGACGGAGGUUUGAAAAAUCUACACUUUGGACGGAGUUUUCAGAAAUGAUGGUUUUUGGAGACUUUGAGCUUCGUUUUCGUGUAAAACGAACGAACAAAACACAUGAAAACACCAGCGUUUUUACUACGUGGAAACGGGGCCUGAGACAGAAGGUCCAUCGUGCAGGGACAGAUCUUACAGUUUCACUUUAUGCAGAUGAUGCUGUUAUUCCCCUAAAUAACAGCAUCAUCUGCAUAAAGAAUAUAGAAAUAGCAAUAGCAUAUUAUUCCCCUAAAUUCCUGGUCCUCCCUGACCCCCAGGUCCAGGUCCAGGUCCUGGUCCAGGUCCUCCCUGACCUCCAGGUCCAGGUCCAGGUCCAGGUCCAGGUCCUGGUCCUCCCUGACCUCCCAGGUGGCCUGUUGCAUUAUGGGAUACAGUACUUGAGUCCGUUUCGACCCUGAAGUUCCCGAGGAAGUAGCAAAGCAUCCUGGGAUCGUCCUCACGGCACAUAUGGGUCCUGGUCUGGGGUCCGGUUCCCGGCGGGAGGGGGCCCUGCGAGAACCGGACCUGGUCCAGGUCCGCCGGUCCAGGACCCGGUCCAGGACCGGGUCCAGGUCCGCCGGUCCACAGCAUUUCAUGUCCUGGGAAUGUGAACAGCUGAUUCUCACGAGUCAGCAGUAUUUAGACGGUGAGACGCCUCCGUGUUGCCACGGCGACUCAGCGACCCGAAGCCUUUCCAGUGUUUCAGUGUCUGAAUCAUUUCAUAUGAAGUCCCAG